UAAUGCUAGGCCCAAACUGUUAGAGCGCAAAUAGCAGUUCAACUGAGUCUCUGCAACCCGCAAGCAACUAGUGUGCUAUCUGAAAAUUUCCAUUCCAAUUAAUUUAUCAAAUUGAACAAGAACAAUCACCACUAGACAGAAAAACCUAUUAUCAGAAAAUUUGAAAUAGCGAAGUUCAAGGACGAAAUCAAAACAAUUAAACAUUAUCAAAGUUUCAAAGUUACCACAUGAACUCACAGAUGUCGGGUAACCGAGCUUCCAGCCCAAUUAUGAAAAAUCUGACUACGCGUUGGGCUUCGGAUAAUUUGCUUGGGCCAGUUAGAGAGGGAAAAGAGGAAAUUUAGCAUCCCAUGAUUUGAUAGGUCACGGCGAAGGAAGCCGCGAACACAAUCGAAAGCCCUAAAUGAGUAAAUCCCAAUCACAGUCCACACCAGAGAUAUCAAUAUCAUCAAUAAACCCUUCUAAACAGUGAUGGCGAGACUCGCUUGCCCUCUCAGUCGCAGCAUCUUCAAGCAAUCCCAGCACUGGCGGCCACUCCGGUGUUGCCACGCCCUUACCUUGGCCACGUUGGGUGGCGACGAAGCAAGAAGCACCACCAUCAAGCUCUGGAGCAAAGCCAAAAGAAAAGCCUUCUUCGACUCUCCCGAAGGAGUCCUGCUGCGCAACCUCAACGACUGCUCCAAGGACGGCGACGUCGUGCAAGCGCUUCGCCACUACGACCACGCUCGCCAAUCGGGGACUCUCCUCACCCUCGACCACUACAACAAGCUUCUCUACCUAUGCUCCCUCCAAAACGGCGACGUUCCCCAUUUGGGCCUCAAGCGAGGCUUUGAGAUUUUCCAGCAGAUGCUAAACGACCGCGUUCAGCCCAACGAGGCCACCUUCACCAUCGCCGCCAGGGUUGCCGCUGCCAAGGAGGAUCCCGACAUGGCUUUCGAGUUGCUCAAGCAGAUGAAGAAUGUCGCUGUUGCUCCCAAGCUCAGAUCUUACGAGCCUGCUUUGUUUGGGUUCUGCAAGAGGGGUGAUGCUGAGAAGGCUUACUUGGUCGAUGCUCACAUGGUGGAGUCUGGCAUUGUGGCUGAGGAGCCUGAGCUUUCUGCUCUCUUGGAAGUCAGCGUUGCUGCCAAGAAGGAGGACAAGGUGUAUGAGAUUUUGCACCGGUUGCGCGCCACCGUGAGGCAGGUUUCGGAACCCACUUCGCGGUUGCUUGAGGAGUGGUUUGAUUCGGAGUAUGCUGGGAAAAUUGGGAGGGAGGAGUGGGAUGUGAGGAAGGUGAGGGAAGGGAUUGUGAGGGGAGGUGGAGGCUGGCAUGGACAAGGGUGGCUCGGGAGCGGCCGCUGGACGGUGGCCAAGACUCCGGUCAGCGAGGAUGGCGUGUGUUCGUCGUGCGGGGAGAAGCUUGUCAGCAUUGAUAUUGAUCCCAAAGAGACUGAAAAUUUUUCUGCCUCCUUGUGUAAAUUAGCUUGCCAGAAAGAAGCCAAAUCAAACUUUGUUCAUUUUCAGAAGUGGCUUCAGCGGCAUGGCCCGUUUGAUGCUGUUGUGGAUGGUGCCAAUGUAGGCCUUGCCAACGGGCAUAAGUUCAGCUUUUCGCAGCUUAAUACUGUUGUUGAACAAUUACGUCAAAUGAGCCCUUCGAAGAGAUUGCCACUUGUAAUUUUGCAUAUAAGUCGGGUAAAUGGUGGUCCUGCUCAGAAUCCAAAAAACAGGAGAUUUAUAGAAAAUUGGAAAAAAAAUGGUGCUCUUUAUGUCACUCCUCAAGGUUCAAAUGAUGACUGGUACUGGUUAUAUGCUGCGGUCAGUUGUAAAUGCUUACUGUUAACAAAUGACGAGAUGAGGGACCACUUGUUCCAACUACUAGGUUCUAGUUUUUUCCCAAGAUGGAAGGAAAAGCAUCAGGUUCGAACAUUAGGCUCAACUUGUGGACGCCCCCUAAACAUGCCUCCCCGUUAUUCAAUAGUUAUUCAGGAAUCAGCUAAUGGUAGUUGGCAUGUGCCAACUGUAACUAGUGAUGAUCAAGAGAUCCCAAGGAAAUGGUUGUGUGCUACAAGAUCCAGAAAAAAAAUCAUUACAUAAUCUAUGGACAACGUCUGAGUGAACAUGAGGGAGGCGUAUUUUCAUCUUGGUUUGUUUUCGGUAGUCAUACCAAUUUUUUCUCAUCUUGAGUUGCAGUUCCUAGCAGCUGUGAUGAAUGCAAGGCAUAAGAUGCGGCGCUGCUACCAUUUCCCUCUCUUUUUUGAGUAGCUUACAUUUUUUGUAGCUCAAUUGUUUUUCCUUUAGGUCCAGGCUGCCCGAAAAAGAAGAGAGUUUCUCCUUCCUUUUGGAAUAUCUUCAAAUUUUCCUUGAUAGCUGAUAUAUGCUGUCAGAAUCAGAAAUAAUGCUUAAAAGGCAAAGUUUAAGCAGUAUGGAUCAGAUGGCUUGGGGGAGUAUCUUAUUGGUGUAGCUAAUUUGUCCCAUGCAUUUUGCUCAAGAACCUUGGCUCAAGUGGCAUUAAGUUAUUUUAGGAACUGGUUGAUCGCAAGAUCGAAACUGAGUCCGCUUCACCUUUACCUACACUUCAGUCUGCAUAACAUUGCUGUGCAAGCAUACUUUUCCUGAAAAUAUGCAGGUACAAUUGGUGUUAGUGAUGAACUGAUGAUUUUUUUGGCCCACUCGGUCCAAGAAAUGAAUGUAUAUACUCGAUUUAUUAAAAAAUUUUGGCCCCUUCAAUUUAUACAUUUGAUGAGCAUCUUGCACGAGUUGUUUGUAAAAUUUUGGGGACAUUUGUUGUACCUUGGGAUUUUUUGUGUAGUAUCAACAAUGGAUCUACUUUCUUCCUUUUUAGCUGCAAGAACCUGGUUUUUAUGGGUUCUUUAAGAAUCAAUUUUACACGUAGAAGCUAUGUCACUGUACUCAAAUGAUAAAAAAGAAAAAAAGAACUGGUUCUUAUUUUAAGAACCUAUAUAAGAGCCUUU